CCGCCUGCACUUGCUUGCUCCCUCCCUGCCUCCCCCUACCGGGCCCAAUCCCAACAACUGCACGGUCGAGAGAGGAGAGGUGAAGGCAGCUGUUCUUACUUACAGCCGUCUGGUCUCCGCUGCUGAACUGCCUGUUGAGCAAGGGAGCUGGAGGCACCUGCAAGGAGCAUCCACGGUCUCCGCUCACUUUAGCUGCCUCGGUGGGCAGCUAUACCAUCCAGAGCUCAGCAGCUGCUACUCCUCUCUUUGCAACCACCACCUCUGCUGCUCUCUCUCGGCCAAUUGCUCGGAUGGCCGCGGAGCAAAGGAGAAAGCAGCCGCGGCGUCCGCUUGGUUGCAGCGUAGAGUGAAAAACUGACCAAAGCCAAACUGUCGAGAGGAGGCAAAACUGAAUAGCUGAGGUGGCUGUAAGGUGUAUCCUUCGCUCGCCUUCUCUCUGCGGGCAACAAACGCGGAAGACUUGGCCGCUGCGCUUCCCAGCUGCCGCGCGCCCCUCGGCAGGUGCUCCUCGUCGUCGCUUGUUCCGCUGCUCAGUCAUUGGCUGAGGCGAUCAAACAAGCUUCUGGAGUAACAGUGAAUGAUGAAGUCAUCAAGGUUUUCAAUGACAUGAAAGUACGAAAAUCUUCAACGCCAGAAGAGAUUAAAAAACGAAAGAAAGCAGUUCUCUUCUGUUUAAGUGAUGACAAACGACAAAUAAUUGUAGAAGAAGCAAAGCAGAUACUAGUUGGUGACAUAGGUGAUACGGUGGAGGAUCCUUAUACGUCCUUUGUGAAGCUCUUACCUUUGAACGAUUGCAGAUACGCUUUGUAUGAUGCAACUUAUGAAACAAAGGAGUCUAAAAAAGAAGACCUGGUAUUUCUAUUCUGGGCUCCAGAGAGUGCCCCUUUAAAAAGCAAGAUGAUCUACGCAAGCUCUAAAGAUGCCAUUAAAAAGAAAUUCACAGGUAUUAAACACGAGUGGCAAGUAAAUGGUUAUGAUGAUAUUAAAGAUCGUUCAACACUGGGAGAGAAACUAGGAGGCAACGUGGUAGUUUCACUUGAAGGAAAACCCUUAUAAAAGGACAGACAAGUGCCAUCUGGAGCUUCCAUUUCUGCAGCUCAUUCAAUUGGAAUAGCAUUAGUUCCUUUUGCCCCACCUUCCCAGAACCCAAACACCUGAAGGAGAUGUCAUUAAACAGUCUACAAAUGAUCACCAUUAGAUUGUUUUUAAACCUGAUAGUUUUAUGUAGAAUCCAAGGAAUGCCUCACAUCAUAUUCUUAGCCAAAACUGAUGAUGUGGGUAUUGUUUGAAAAUGUGUACAAUGAAUGUGAUAGUUGGUGUGGAUAGUCUUGCCAAGCAACAAAAGGUUUAAGAUAAUUGAUUGCCUUUAAAGUACUGUCCAAUGGUCAAAUGGUAGACUCUAUUCAGUAUUACUUUACAGUUGCACUUGAUUUCAGUUCCAUGCGGCUCUUGUGCAUUCAUAAACCUCACCUGCCUUGACAAGCCUAUUUUUUGUGGCAUGGCAGCACACAACACUAUGCAUUUAAAGCACUUUUUUUGUAAUAUGUUCUAUUUCCCCAUUCCCCAAGGAAUGCCAAUUAAGUUUCUGUAAUUGUCAUCAAACUGUUAUAGUACCCCAGUCUUCAUUCUUGUUACUUACAUACAUACCUUUAUAAAUGAAUUAGCUGUUAAUUAUUCCUUUUUGUUUUCUGUUGAAUGUACACUACUGAACCGGAGUAGGAACUGUCUGUUUACCAUGCAAAUCUUGCAACACUAAAGAUGUUUUGUAAAACAUCAGUCAUAAUGGCAAUUUCUGUAUAAAAAGAGCCUUAAAUGGAAUGCUGUUUUUGAGAUUAAAUAUAUUGGCCACGUUGCAAUAAAACCGGUGGCUUAUUACAGAA